CGGAGCGGGCGGCCCGGGGCCGCGGCGCGCUGCCCUGCCCCGGCGCGGCUUGCCGCCCCCAUGAGUGAAUGAGGAGCGGCCGCAGCGCCCGUCGAUGCCUCGGCAGGGAGCCGGGUGCCUGCGCCAUGAACCCCGAGAUGGCGAUGGAGCCGCUGGGCAGCCUGCACGGGGCGGCCGGCCAUGAGCCGGAGCUGAUGGGCAGCCCCAGCCCCCACCACGGCGGCCGCGGCGCCGGGCCGCUCCGGGUGCCCCCUCCGCCGCCGCCGCCGCCGCCGCCCCCGCCGCCGCCGCACCAGGAGCUGGCCCCCGCCGCCGCCCGGCCGGCCAUGGUGUCCAGCAUGGCCUCGCUGCUGGACGGCGCCGCCGAGUACCGCCCCGAGCUCUCCAUCCCGCUGCACCACGCCAUGAGCAUGCCCUGCGAGUCCUCGCCGCCCGGCAUGGGCAUGAGCAGCACCUACACCACCCUGACGCCACUCCAGCCCCUGCCGCCCAUCUCCACCGUCUCCGACAAGUUCCACCACCCGCACGCCCACCCGCACGCCCACCACCACCACCACCACCACCAGCGCCUCUCGGGCAACGUCAGCGGCAGCUUCGCCCUCAUGCGGGACGAGCGCGGGCUGCCCGCCGUCAACAACCUCUACGGGCCCUACAAGGAGAUGCCCGGCAUGGGGCAGAGCCUCUCGCCGCUGGGCAACGGGCUGGGCCCCCUCCACAACGCCCAGCAGGGCCUCCACGGCUACGGGCCGCCCGGCCACGAGAAGAUGCUCAGCCCCAACUUCGACGCCCACGCGGCCAUGCUGGCGCGGGGGGACCAGCACCUCUCCCGGGGGCUGGGGACGCCCCCCGCCAUGAUGCCCCACCUGAACGGCAUGCACCACCCCGCGCACCCGGGCCACCCGCCGCCCCACGGGCCCGCGCUGCCCGCCGGCCGGGAGCGGCCGCCCUCCUCCUCCUCCGGCUCGCAGGUGAGCAGCUCGGGGCAGCUGGAGGAGAUCAACACCAAAGAAGUGGCACAAAGGAUCACGGCGGAGCUGAAGCGCUACAGCAUCCCGCAGGCCAUCUUCGCCCAGCGGGUGCUGUGCCGCUCUCAGGGGACCCUCUCGGACUUGCUGCGGAACCCUAAGCCUUGGAGUAAACUCAAGUCCGGCCGGGAGACCUUCCGGAGGAUGUGGAAGUGGCUGCAGGAGCCCGAGUUCCAGAGGAUGUCGGCCCUGCGGCUGGCAGCCUGCAAACGCAAAGAGCAAGAGCCGAACAAAGAGCGGAACAACUCCCAGAAGAAAUCUCGCCUGGUUUUCACGGACCUCCAGCGCAGAACGCUUUUCGCCAUCUUCAAGGAGAACAAGCGCCCUUCCAAAGAAAUGCAGAUCACCAUCUCCCAGCAGCUGGGCCUGGAGCUCACCACCGUCAGCAACUUCUUCAUGAACGCCCGGCGGCGCAGCCUGGAGAAGUGGCAGGACGACCUGAGCUCCGGGGGCUCCUCCUCGGCCCCCAGCACCUGUACCAAAGCGUGACGGGGAGCGGCCGGCACGGCGCGGCGUGGCACGGCACGGCGCGGCGCGGCGGAGAGAGCGGCUUCGCGGCGGGGCCCUUCACUGGUGACUUAAAGCACAAUCCUCCUGGAAACGAACCCCAGCCCAGCUGUAACAGAGGACACUUCUUACGGCUUUUAGUCAGUCUUAGCAGGCGCAAGUUGAAAAAUUAACCUCUUUCUCUACAAUACUAUGCUCAGGACAGGCGAAGCAGGUCUGAAACGUAGGGGAGUCAUUCGUGAGGCAAGUUUCUCCUGAGCCCCAAAGAGCCCCGGCCGGCGGGGGUGCCGCUGCGAGCCCGGGCAACCUGCGCGUGCCCGGUGUUUGCCGGCAGGGCGCCGGUGCUGGCCACACCGCCCUGCACCAAAGCUCGCCGCAGUGGCGCGGCCACGCGAGAACGGAGCACAAAGUCUGACACGUAGACGCUAAAGAAUCCGAGAACCUGUUUUUAAAACUCAGGCAUGGUUUUGUUAAGUGUUUUGGGAAAAAAGAAAAGAGAUCAAAUUUUAAGUUUUUGUUUGGGUUUUUUUGGUUUUUUUUUUUUAGUUUGUUUAAUUUAAUCAGUGAGUAUAGCUUGAUCUUGGAUCAGAAAAAUUCAGUUCACUUGAGCUCAAAGUAUCAAGCACAAAGCCGGUAGCUAUAGAGAUAGGUACGAUCCUGGACUCACUACAGCGAUUGUUUCAAGAUGCAGUCUAACUUCCAAGGUCGGUAGGGAACACCUCUGUGACCACACGAGCCUCAAGCACAGUUUGCAGUUUCUCACAAGUUCUGUGUUUGUACCUAAUGCAGAUGCACACUCAGGAGGUCAAUUUAACUGCUACAGUACAUGGAGCAAACACAACGUUUUGAAAGAUCUAGAUUUUUUUAGGUCAUUAAUACGUCCUUUUUAGUUACCAGGAUUCUAGUUUCUCCUCGACAACGUUCUUGUUACUGAAACGUAUUUAGCUUUCAGUGUACUUUUGUUCAUUUUUUCGGUAUUUUAUGGUACUUUCAAGCAGGAAAAAAACCAGAAACAAGCCCUCAGAUGCCACUGACCGUUUUAGAUGUGCCGCAUAUGACUUCAAUAUGCCAUCUAGACCUCUUGCAUCCCCUAAGUUCCUUUUAUCCACCAGUUUCCCAAGCUGGCGGGAACACAGCACACCAAAGAGACAGGAUUACUGCAAGCCAAAGAUGUUUAUAACUUGCCAUUUUCUCUUUGUCAUCGCUGGUGCGGGUGGUUGUUUGGCGAUGGGGAAGCCUCACAAACUCCAAGCCCUCUCUCCACCUCCGGCGGCUGCCCUGCGGCGGAGCGGGCAGGCAGCGCUGGCAGCCGACGCGAGCAGAGCCCCGGCCGCAGCCGCCGCACCGACGCCGCGGCCCCGUCCGCGCCUCGCAGCCCCGACCCGCGCCGCCGAAACGGCCGCGGCCGCUCGAUGUGCGCGCUUACCAGUGAACGGCCCCUCCUGGAGCACCGGCCGAGUCUGCGGCAGCAAGCCAAGUGCGGUCGUGGUUCUUUAGAGACACUUGAGACUUUUUUUAUGUACUACUUAAUCGAAACCAAAGAAACGUUUUCUGCACCUACUUCUUCUGCAACAAACUGUUCCAUUUAAAAAUAAAAUAAAAAUAAAAAAAACAAGGAAGCACGUCAGGAAGCAAAUGAGUAACACACUGUGUUUUGACAGACAUCUUGGACGUUUUAGGAAGCAGAUCUCAAAGAAAGGGUUGACAAGAACGAGAACAAAGCAAAGCCAGUACGAUUGCUGCUUCAUUUGACAACUCAGUCAUCUUAAAGUUGAAGAUUGUCUUUAAUUUGUGCCUAUGCAGUUUUUUCAAAAGAACAAGGAACAGAGCAACCAAAACCUCAACAGCUACAAUACCAAAGAUGAGGAUUCUCACUACUUGUGUUUCAGUUCAUUAUCUCCUCUUGCACGACUAAAUGCAUAUAGCACCAUUGAUCUCUGUACAGGUAAUCACUUCUGUUUCUUUGUGCAACCAGAAGGGUGGGUUUAUUUAUGUUUUUCCUGUUUCUGCCCCACAUGGGAUCUCUCCAAGAGCUGCAUGGACUCCAAGUGCAAGACGUUGGGAUACUACGCUGGUAUGUCUCCUCUCUCCAGAGCCACGUAGGAAAAACUUGUCGGUUGGGUAUGACUUGUUUUGCCGGGUAGAGUUGGUCUCCUGUAUGUCUAGAGCUUUGAACAGCCAUCCUUCUGUAUGUGAAAUCGGUUGAGUAACCUACACCAUUCUUUCCCUUCCCUGGGGAUAAAACUUGCAAUAUAUAUGUACCGAUUUAUGUCAUUGUAAGUGCUGAGCACUGCCACAGCCUGGCUCACUGAGAUCAGAUCCCGAUCUGAACCAAAAUUGAGGUUUCAGCAGUUCAUGUGGCAGUUCAGUAGUUCGUUUUGACAUAUUAGACAUGUUAUGUUGGUUGAUCAAAGUCAUGGUGAUCCAAAUCAUGACACGCAGGCCUAGGUCCAAAUUUAUCUUCACAGCUGGAGCGCAGUGCUACCAUUUUUCUCCAUCUCUACCUUUAAAUGAGGGCUUCCUUUUAACUACUUUGCAAAAGUGCUGCAGUUAUUUUCCAGUGCUUACACUUAAAAAAAGAAAGAAAAUCAAAAAGCCUUGUCCGCUCAGGACAGGAAACGUUUCUGAAAAGUAAAUUCGGGAUCCUCACAGCUAAACUGACAAGCUCUGGGAAUCAAAACAUCCCUCAACUUAGAUUUCCAGACAGAUCAUGCAUGAUUUGAAAAUGAUCCAAAGAAGCCUUGUAGUCAGACAUGGAAUAAAGCUGCCAAAAAAUGGUUCAGGUCUGGGCUGAUGUGUACGGAUGCCUCCGGGUAUUUGAGAGAGAAGUUCUGAGUCAGCAUGCUGUAGAGCAGGGCCCAGCUGAGGUGGUUUGGUCACGUUGACGUUUCACCUUCAUUCCCAUCCAAGGGGGUCCACUCAAACCAGCCUCUCCAUGUGCGCUUCGAACGUGGCAUUGCCCUCCGGGGAAAUGUCUCAUUCUGAAAGCGUCCUCUCUCAAUCUGCAGCAGGCAGAUGCUGGCUCUCGAUCACUUUUCUCACGCUCCGUUCCAUAGUGCCCCUGUAAGCACUGCAGGAGAUGACACACCACCAGUGAAAACCCAACUGUCGUUCCUUACCUCCCGUCCCCUUCCCGCAGUCCCAAGGCAGAGAAGCGUGUCACCUCGGACAAGGACCGAGUCCCAGGCGUCCCCUAAGGCGUGCGCCUGGCAGCCGGUGUCCGCCGCAGAGAUGGGCGCCUGGGACACUUCACGUUAGGGACGUCCACGGGCCGAUGGGCUUGCCUCCCGCGUACCACCGUCCUUAGAGGCAGAGGGGAGCCUGCCCUGGGCUUCUCGUGAAGUCUGUGAGCAAAGACCUGGGCUUUUUAUUUCUCUUCAGAGUUCAUCCCAAUAGCCGUAACGAAGUAAGUCUAGAUCAAUUCCUGAAUUACGAGAAAAUGUAUCUUCAAUGAAGUCAUUCAUUUUCUCCAAAUUGUGGAAGGUUUUGUUAUGCAAUGUUAUGGCUUAAGUUUUUUCCUUGAUCUUUCAAAUGUUGAUCCGCCAUCUCACACCAGGAACGACAUAAUUACACUGAGUAGUGCCAAGGCUGCCCUUACUGCCCGCACUGCAGCAUUUGUUUAGCAAAACACAUGAGGCUUCUCUGUGCUGGGGAUUGCAAAUAUAUCAAUACCCAUGUUUCCUCCAUAUUUGUCAAACAUCAUUUUCAUCUGAACAUCUGGAAAUACUGCUGCAUUUUUUAUCCCUGCAUCUUUCAUGGCCCUAUGUUAUGUCUUCCAUUUCACUGUCAACUCUUGUAGGCUUUUAUGUAGCAGCUAUCUCAGAAGAGGAGUGUCGAUAGCAUAUACUGUGGGUAGAUAUAUUUGUAUGUACAAGUAUGAGCAGAAUAUAUGCUAUAUUCUGCCCGUACUAAAAAAAACUCAGAUAUGUUACGUUUAUAUACCAUAUAUUUAUGAAUCUAUAGAGCCGUGUAAUGUAACUUGUUCCUUUUAUUUAUUCUGAUACGAAAGACUAGUAUGUACAGAUAGUAUCCCAGCAUCUUCUGUACCGUGUACUUGGAGUUACUACCACAGGCACAUCCAAGAUGAAUUCAACUUUCAAGAAACCUUGGAUAUUGCUUAAUCAUCCGUGAAGGAACAAAGAAUGUGCUUGAUGACUUCGGUUGAAUAGCUUUAUUCUGGCUCUCUCUUACCUAAAGCUGAAUCCAAAGACCUGCGAAGGACUAAACCAGCAAACUACGCUCAAACCUGCAUAAGGGAAUAGGGAUCUCCUCUUCCAAAGCAAGACACGGUAACGACAUGGUAUUGCAAAGAGUGUGCUAGCUUCGGACAAAACCCGAUGUUUUUCUUGCUUGUCACAAUACCUAAGUAUUUUUAAGACAUGGGGAAACUUUAUACUUGGCCUCCUUUAUAUUUAUUAAGGGGAAUUUUUAUUGUUUAAAUUUUUUAAAAAGGCAAAGCUUAAAAUGGUUUUAUUUUUUUCCAGACACUUGUGGGUUUUAAGCCAAUAUAUUAUCUAUCAAUAAUGUAAUUUAUUUAAUUUAGUCUUAGAGUAGGUCCUGAAAUCUCUGUUCAGUCUAAAUCCCAUUGAGUUUCAUUUUAGCUUUAAAAUUCAAUGGGAGUUUUGCCUGAAUGCAGGCUGCGGGAUCAGGCUCCAAUGUUAGUUAUUUGUAACUAUUUAUUCAUAAAUUCAAUCAUUGAUGAAUUAAUUUGGGAUUAAUUUUGCUUAUUUAUCCAUUUUACUGUUGUAGCGCAUCAGAGAUGCGAAGCCUAUGUUAGUAAAUACACUUAAAAGUUAGUAUUGCUUCAUAGAGCAGCCAGGUUCUGUUACAGACAGCAGAAGAAUUACGAGUUACGUAAAACAGGAGUCUAGUUUUGAUUUCUUCUUUUAAUUAAUUUUAAUUGUUUAAAUAUCAAAGUUUAAAUUAUUUAAUUUAAUCCCUUCCCAUCUGAUUAGAAAGUGCGACGUACCUUUAUUAUGGCACAUAAAGCCUUCAUAAUAUAACUUAUUUAUUUAACUUAUUCAUCAUCAUCUGAGGAUGCCCUUGUAUAGUUUUUAUUUUUUAUUUAGAAUUACCUUUAAAGCACUACAGCCGAUUUUCUGUAAGAACAACAGAGCGAAUUUUGAGGACAAGCAAUGAAUAUUCAACCUAAAACUGUGCAUUCAGAAACGAUAGGAAAAAAAAGACACUGGGAUACUUUGCCUGAACUUUGUGGCUUCUUAAAACUUAAGCUGGGGGAAAAAUAAUACAUGCCAAGCAAAAAGAGAGAAACCCUUAAACUAGCUGCUUCCAAGAAUGAACUUCUGUGUGUGUAUAAAAAAAAGAAAAAAGAAAAAAAAAAGGAAAAAAGAAAAAAAGAAAAAACCUUUCUAUUUCUAGUGAGAACCAAAGAGGCUACCUCACUGACUUUUUCCAUUUGUAAUUUUAAUCGUGUUGAUGAUACCAAAGAUACCAAAGAUUUCUUUCUCUGUGCGGUCUGCAUUUUGCUUGUGCUCUUUUAUAGUUUCAACUGUUCUCUCCUACACACUGUAAUGUACAGCUGCAACCCAGAUACCCAAAGAAAUACUUCUUCUGGAAGCUGCCAAUUCUGGUGACAACAUUUUCUGUGUUUCCCUUAUGCCUUCCUGCCAGCCAAAAACGUUUGGAGACGUGAAACCAUUUCACGUCCAUCCCCACGCCGAAUUCCAGUGGAUGGAGCGGUUGUGUUGACCUGGAGAUGAAUCCAGGCUUUGUCCAUCAGCCGAUUCCCUGGGGAAAGGGAUCUGCAUGCGGCCACCUGCAGAAGUCCUGCUUAAGUAUGUAUGGGUGGGCGUUCGCAGCAGCAGCAGCAAUUAGCAUUAGAAAUUAUUAUUUACAAGCAGUGCCAUGCUUGAACAGAAUCUAACGGGCUGAUCCAUGGGCCCCCAAGCUGGUGGAUCCCACUGCUGACAGCUAGGCUGAGGGGAGGGGGAUUCUUCUUAAUUUUGGCCACCGAGACACCGAGCAGCAAGCCCUUUGCUCGGACCAACCCAGUUCUGCCUGGUCCACGCACACGCAGUGUCUGCUGAACCCGGAGAGCACGGCAGAUACAGAGGCUGCUCCCUCCUGCUCACAUUUUUCUGUUGUUGUUUGCAGUUACAGUUUUCAUAUGAAAUUCAAUUAAUUAUUUUUCUCAAGUUAGCAAUGAAACAAAGCUACAUUAAGCUCCAUUAGUAUCAUGUUCCUAAGCGAUUACUUAAAAGUUGGUUGUUUGUCUUUGGGGGAUUAGUGGUGCCCUUUAGCAUUUGUUUCUUUGAGCCUGUUUUAUCCUGUUUAUACGACUGAACCAAGUGCUCUGAUGAGCCAAAUCCACUCCUGGGCACUGCUUGCUGCUCCCACCACGGUGUACGUCCGCAGCUUCCCACAGGCACGUUCAGACACAAGUUCACCUUUUCUUUCGGAGCCCCCCUAAUCCUGCCAUUAGCAGAGCCUGUUCCACAGUAAAAACAAGACAAUGGUGAGCACAGGCUGGUAGGUAAAUUUAAAAGAGAAAAAAAUUUCAGAUUGCAGGUAUGCACUUUUGGCUGAGCUUAAAAGCUGGUUUAUAAAUCUCCGGACCUGACCCACAUGGGUACAAACACCUCGAUUUAAUGACAGUUAAGGCAGGCGACACUCACUCCAGCGCAGCAUCUCCUGCAUCGGUUAGGCACCGCAUCAGUGCAGAGCCCGGAGGAGCCACAUCCCAGGGUGGGACGGGGCCGUCUGCUGCAGGGGCUUGAGCCUUUCCCUAGGAAAUCUGCCUGAGCAAUGCCUUGGGCUUCACAUAGACAAAUUGCCGACAGCUCAACGCAAAAGCUCCGCUUUGGUUAAGUGUUGCCUUUUAAUUUGUGUUUCUUUUUUGGUUUAAGUCUGUAUUGGAAAAGAUAGGGACUUGACAAGUGUGCUUUUUAUAUCUAUAUAUAUAUGUAUUCCUUCAGUAAAAAGCUAUAAUAAUUCUCAGGAUGCCUUCUGGGCGUGGAGGAGACGAUCUGUCCUUGUGCUCGGUGGAACCUUCCCGCCGUGCCCCUCGCCACCCCCUGCACAGCACGGGCGGGUGGCAGGCUGGACACAGAAAAUCCCCAGAGCUGGCAGGGUCCUCUGCAGCAAUCGCGUUCCUUACCGGACUCAUGCUUCACUUGCAAAGUGUGACAUUACCACGGGACGAGUGCCUUGCUUGAACCAAAGCAACGAUUUUGCCAGUCUAGACCUCUCUGUGCUUUUUUUAUUCUUCCUGUGAAUACCUCAGCUUCAACUGGGCCGCCGAAUCGUACCUGGUGGGCUUUUUGUACUGUGGUGCUUUGCAAUGCAGCCCUGCAAAGAACAAAACUCCUAAUAAUACCAAAGGCUCUCCCCCUCCUCCUCCUCCUCCUCCCCCCUCCUCCUCCUCCUCCUUCCCCUCCUCCUCCUCUUCCUCACUCCUCCACCUCCUUCUCCUCCUCUUUCUCCUCCUCCUCCUUCUUCUUCUCUCCCUCUCCCUCUCCCUCUCCUCCUCCUCUCUUUCUUCAUGGUUCCAAAGCUUUAAUAUAAAACUGGGCAUGUUGGCAACGCAGACCGUGCAAUCCCUUACCGAAUUUUCUCAGAUAUACCUCAUAGAGAAUAGUUGUUUAGAGUAAUGUUAUUAUAGCGUAUGUAAUAAAUUAUUCACUGUUUCUUUUUGGUAACUGUGAUUUAAAAAAGAAAAAAGCUUUAUACGUUUUAGGUUGUGCUUUUGUAAUAGACGGAAAAGGUGCGCUUAAAAAUGUACGUCAGUCUUUCUUCCCGUUGGGUUUUUUUCUUUAUUACAGAUUGGGGAAAAGUUGCAGAAUGAGCCCAAAGUUUACAGUUUCAUAUUUUGCUGAAGAAACAAUCUGUGUUAAUUUGCUCUGUUGAAAAAAAAAAGAAAAAAAAGAUUAUUUUCUACAUUUGUGCUACUUGGUCUGAACAGCUAAGUGUUCUGUGUGACAGUGUAGUAUUAUAAUUAGCAACUGCCAAUCAGCGCUACCAUUUUUAUGCAUGAGGCAAAACCUUAGCAGUGUGAUGCAUCGUGGUUCUUAAUGGCAACUUCUUUUUUUGAAUUUGAAAAUAGGUCUUUUGGUUUGAUGGUAUUUAUUUAUGCAUGGAGCCUGUUAUCUGUUAGCAGCUGUGGCGCAGUUGUGUAUACCUUUAAGCUGUGAAAACAUGCACAGUUUUGCCUCAUACGGUUAAGUACUGAUCAGAACUGAUACUCGCAUCGGUUCCGAUCCGUCCGUGUUCUAAACACAGACUCAAAUUGAAUUCCAGUUAAGUUGUUUUUUGAGGAAAAGUUUGGCCAGCUGCCGGCUUUUUCCCAGCCAAUUCGACCCGUAAGCCAGUCACGUGAAAAUACACGUCUUGCUCAAAAGGGAGCCAACUGUGCGUUUUUUCCCAGGAACGGGAGUUACUUUGGCUUUAUGGCAGGCCCGGGGGACCCGGCCGGCCGCGGUGGCCGUGCUCCGGGAGCGCCGGCUGCCUCCCUUGCCUCGCCUGCGGCUCCUGCCCAGGCCGACCGUCGUGUCGCGUGUCGCGACGGGGCGGGCGCUCGGCAGGACGCGGGCGAGUUGGGGGUCGGCGGCGCUCCCCCAGCCGCCUCGCCUGUCGCGACGGAGGAGCCCAUCGCGGGGCAUCGGUCCGGGCGGCGCGGCCAGAGCCCUCGCGUCGCUCCCGCCCGCGCGGCGCAGCCGGUGACCCCGCUGCCGCGCUCCCACCGGGAGGGAGCAGGAGCACCGGCACCGGCACCGGCACCGGCCGCCCCGCCACUCACCACCCUCCGCGCUGGGUUCAGGUGUCUUAAAAUGUUUUAUACCCGCUUUGAUUUCGCCCUCGUGUCACAAACCGGUUUCACGCCCAAGACCCCCCAGUUUUACGGUGCCGCUCGCAGACCGGCAGAUUGAUUGUCUUUUAUACCCGGGUCCGGCUUCAGACUCCUAACGUGACCCUGACUCGCUGAUCGUGCUGGACAUAAAGCCAAAUCAACUACUAAAUACACUUUACUCUGCGUAGAAGAGUGCCACUUGGGGAAUAGGAGUACGAAAGUCGCAGUCUUCUAACGAGGCAUCUGAAGUAACGUCGGUAGAGUGUUUAUAUUGUCUGUCAUUAAGGAUAUAUUAGAGAUGUGCUUUCAUUAGUGCAAAGAAACAUAUUUUUAUUUGGCCUUAUACAGUAGAUUGUGAUAAUGAAAGCUUUGUAAUAUAGUCUGUUUAUUUUUUUUUCUUAUUUAUCUGCCAAAGACAGUAAUGGAUACGAGAAUUUUAAAUAGGUUUUUUUGUAAGACAGUUAAUGAUUGUAAUAGUGUUUAAUCUUCCAGGAAGCUUUAUAUGUUCUUCCGCAAUAAGCAGACUCGAUAUUCGUUUCGGCAGACUCAACUCAUGCUAGCAGAUCCCAACGCUACUCAGACGACACGCAGUUGUUGUAAUACCUACACGCUGAGUUCACCUGCAUUUUUCAGUCCAAAGGCAAGGAGGGGUAUGUGAGACAAUGGCAAUGUUCACUACUGUGGCCAGCAGUAGAUGGUCCAGCUUGCUAAAAUUUGCCAAGGUACUUGUAUUAUGAAAUUUAAGGUAUAUUUUAUUAUGUCAUUUUAUGUCAUUUUUUAACUUUGUGGAAGGUGAUAUGUUGAACUGAGUGUAAGCUGAGUUUUUCAGACAAAUAAAGUAGCUAAAGAGUGAAUGUUAUUUUAUCAUUAAAGGGUUUUUACUCAAUGAUUUGUGCCAAUAGAUGUCCUUUAUCUUAAUGACAAGUAUUACAUUGCUUUCAAAUUUUUAUUUAUAGCUAUUGAUGUAAAACCCACACACACAUAUUAUUUGCCAAAGUUCAAUAAAGGAGGAAAACAA